AUGACAGUAGAUGAUUCGUAUCGCGGUCAGUAUAUCUGGGCGUGUAACGCCGCGCUGACGAGCUACUGUUGUCAUGAUGAUGAGCGGAGUUUAAGUCAGGGCGAUUGUUGCGAGGGUGGAACGUUUGAGUUGGCGGCGCCUGCUUCUGCGUCUCCGUCUGCGUCUGCGUCUGCGACUGCGAGUUCGAGUUCGAGUUCGACUUCAACGUUGGCUGGGGCACCGACGGGGACGGUUACAUCUUCGAGUACCGCAGCAACGGGAGCAAAAGGCCUGUCGACAGGCGCAAAGGCGGGCAUUGCGGUUGGCGCGGCGGGAGCAGGGAUCAUCAUCAUCGUGCUGGUCGCACUGCUACUCAGGGCACGGAGAGGCGCAGCUAACGCCAAAGCCCGAGGGCCAAGUCAAAGUGAAAAGAAUACAUUCCGAACAAGUGGAGCCAGAGCCAGAGGAGCGGAACUUGAGACGUGCGCUUUCGCACCACCGAGCGAACUGUCUGCGAAGCCGGCGCGGAGCCGCUUCGAACUGGCUUCUUGA